AUGUCUGGCCCUGUCGCUCGCCUCGCAAACAUCAAGCUUGGCGGCGCUUCGCAAUCUGAUUCCUCCUCCACUGCCGGUCAAGCUUCGGGAAAUGCUGACACUGUUCCAAGCGCGGAUCUUGGCCUCAUCGGCCUUGCUGUCAUGGGACAGAACUUGAUUCUCAACAUGGCUGACAAUGGCUUCACAAUCACCGCUUACAACCGAACCGUCUCCAAGGUCGACGCCUUCUUGGCCAACGAGGCCAAGGGCAAGUCCGUUGUUGGCGCUCACAGCGACAAGGAGUUCAUCGACAGCCUCAAGUCCCCCCGCCGCAUCAUGCUCCUCGUCCAGGCUGGUAAGGCCGUCGAUGAGUGGAUUGAGAGACUCCUGCCCUACCUCGACGCCGGCGACAUCAUCAUCGAUGGUGGCAACUCUCACUUCCCCGACUCCAACCGCCGCACCAAGGAGCUCAGCGCCAAGAACAUCCGAUUCGUCGGCUCCGGUGUUUCCGGAGGUGAAGAGGGUGCCCGAUUCGGCCCCUCUCUGAUGCCCGGUGGUAACGAGGAGGCCUGGCCUCACAUCAAGGACAUCUUCCAGGCCAUUGCCGCCAAGAGCGACGGCGAGGCCUGCUGUGAGUGGGUCGGCGACGAAGGUGCUGGUCACUACGUCAAGAUGGUUCACAACGGUAUCGAGUACGGUGACAUGCAGCUCAUCUGCGAGGCGUACGACAUCAUGAAGCGUGGUCUUGGCCUCUCCAGCAAGGAGAUUGGUGACGUCUUUGGCAAGUGGAACAAGGGCGUUCUCGACUCUUUCCUGAUCGAGAUCACCCGUGACAUCCUCUACUUCAAUGACGAUGACAACACCGCUCUGGUUGACAAGAUCCUGGACAAGGCUGGCCAGAAGGGAACCGGAAAGUGGACUGCCAUCAACGCCCUCGACCUCGGUAUGCCCGUUACCCUGAUUGCCGAGGCCGUCCUGGCCCGAUGCCUGUCUGGUAUCAAGGACGAGCGUACCGAGGCUUCCACCAAGCUCCGUUAUGUUUCCCGUGGCAGCGGCAAGUUCGAGGGUAACAAGGAGCAGUUCCUUGAGGACCUCGAGCAGGCUCUGUAUGCCUCCAAGAUCAUCUCAUAUGCCCAGGGCUUCAUGCUCAUGCAGGAGGCCGCCCGCGAGUUCAACUGGAAGCUUAACAAGCCCUCCAUCGCUCUCAUGUGGCGUGGUGGCUGCAUUAUCCGAUCCGUCUUCCUCAAGGACAUCACCUCUGCUUACCGCAAUGAGCCCGACCUGAAGAACCUGCUCUUCGACAAGUUCUUCAACGAGGCCAUCCACAAGGCUCAGCCCGGCUGGAGAGCCGUCGUUGCCCAGGCUGCUGAGCUCGGCAUCCCCACCCCUGCCUUCGGCACCGCCCUGUCAUGGUUCGAUGGCUACCGCACCAAGGACCUCCCCGCCAACCUACUGCAAGCCCAGCGUGACUACUUUGGCGCUCACACUUUCCACAUCAAGCCUGAGUUUGCUAGCGACAAGUACCCCCAGGGCAAGGACAUCCACGUCAACUGGACUGGCCGUGGUGGCAACGUUUCCGCCUCAACAUACCAGGCAUAA